AUGCACAUAGGACUAAUCAUAGCGUUAAUUUGUAAUUUAAAUUUAGUAUUAGGUCAAACCACAUGUAAUAACGGUCAAGGUAGAGUUUUGUACGAAAGACUGCCGAAUCAACAAUUGCAGGGAUUUGACGACGAUGUCGUACGGGAUACAGCUCCUCCGUUUCGUGUUCUCGAAAAAUGUCAAGAUCUCUGUUUGCGCGACAAAACGUCGAGUAAUCUCAUUCGUGCCUGCGCCAGUUUCGAUUUUCAACCGGGAAGUCGAAUUGCUUCGUUCAGCGGAAGUGCGGAGUACGAAGAAUCAACGUGUUAUUUGACACGUGAACAAGCAGCUCCCGAAGGCAUCGGAAAUCUCAUGUUGGUGCCAAAUAGCGUGCAUUUUACGGAAAUUUGUCUCGCCUCGAAUCGACCUGAACGCGAAUGCCCAAGCAGGCGAUACGUUUUCGAACGACAUCCAAGGAAAAAGUUGAAAUUGCCCGCUUCUGACAUCAAAGAAAUGACAGCAGCAAAUCGAUCAGAUUGCGAGGAUAAAUGUUUGAACGAGUUUUCGUUCGUUUGUCGUUCAGCAAGUUACGAUUCGACGUUGCAUAGUUGCUUUUUGAGUCGAUUCACGAGAAGAACGCAUCCCGAAAUGCUUGAAGAUGAUCCGAAUUCGGAUUAUUUGGAAAAUACUUGUUUAAAUGCUGAAAGAAGAUGUGAUGGUUUAGUUGUUUUCGUUAAAGAAGAGAAUAAACGAUUGGGAGGACCCUUCGAAGUUGAUAUUUUUAACAAUAUGACACUCGAAGAAUGUCAAUCGAUGUGUAUGAGAGCUGAAAAAUAUUACUGUCGUUCUGUUGAAUAUGAUGAUCAAACGAAACAAUGUAUUUUAUCAGAAGAGGAUUCCGUAUCGCAAAAAGAUGAUAUUAGCAUCAGUUCAAGUCCAACGCAUCAUUUUUACGACUUGGUUUGCUUGGAUAAUCAACGAGGAAAUGAUUAUCCUGACAACUCUGUAACAUCGCAUCUCUUUUCCAAUGGAAGACGACCUGAUACAGCUUUUCAAAGAUAUCGCAAUUCCCGAUUGGGCGGAGAAUUUCAUUCAGAAAUAACCGGAAGAUCGUUAAGUGAAUGUUUAGACGAGUGUUUGCGGCAAACGAGUUUCCAAUGCAGAUCUGCUGUUUACAGCGACAGAUUUAGAACUUGUCGACUUUCACGUUACAAUCAAAAGGAUGGUAUGCGUAUCAUUUACGAUGCGGAUUACGAUUAUUAUGAAAACCUCAUGCCUAAUUUAGUUGGAGGCGAUAGCGAAGGAAGCAGCGGGCGUCCCGAUCCAACAGAUUGGCAUCCGCCAGGCGAUCGUGAUCGUUUUACGCCGGGAGGAAAUAACGGAGGUCCUUAUCCAAGUCCUGUUUAUCCGGGUCAAGGAGGCGAUCGAUAUCCAACAGCAAACCCGGGAGGAAAUUACGAUCCAAUGGGAGCUCCUUAUCCAAGCGGAAUGCCCGGAAUGUAUCCAAGCGGACCCUAUCCAAUGCAACCAAUGUAUGGCGGAGGCGGAGGAAGACCUGAUAUGGGACAAACAGGCCCAUAUGAUCCAUAUUACAACGGAAAUUAUCCCGAUAAUCGUUACAAUCCUGUUUAUGACAAUCGUCUUCCUGAUGAUCGUCAAUACUUAGAUCGAGGAAGACCUUUACCUCCAUCAGCAGGACAGUAUCCUGUUAAUCCAAAUGUUCCGCAAAUGUAUCCUGAUCAACGAUAUCCGCCAAGUAGAGGAUAUCCAGCGAACAAAUAUCCCGAUCGAGGAGCAAUGUAUCCUCAACCUCAAGGAUGGUAUAAUAUGCCUCAACCUGCAUAUCCAUCAGCACAAGGACAAGGAUAUCCAACAGCAGCUCAAGGCGCAAGACCUCCUGUUGCUCCAAUGGAUCGUUAUCCCGAUAGAAGAUAUCCGAUGAGCGGAGGACAAGAUAGAUACGAGCCUGAAUAUGAACGAGGAGGAUAUGGACCUUAUUUAGGCAUCGGAAUUUUCCCUGCAAUGGCUCCUUCGAGAGGAGGAUAUCAGGCUGUUGCGCCUCGUCCUGUUCCGUAUUAUCCUGAAAUGAUGCGUCCUGUUGCAAUUCCUCCUGGAUAUAAUCCAUCAGGAUACGAUAACGCAGGCCCGGGAGAUAGUUUUGGCGGAUAUGGACCUCCGAAGCCUUAUUCAUCUCGAUGCGAUGAUUCGGAUGUCUUCAAACAAAUGGCAACUCGACACAGAAUGCGAAAACAAUACAUUCGACGUGCGGUAAACGUUCCAUCUCUCACACAUUGUCAACGCGAAUGUAUCGAAGCUCGCGAUUUCGUCUGUAAAAGUUUCAACUUUAAAGAAACAGCAUACGGAGCAGAUUCAGGAAAUGGCGGAGAGUCGACAAAUUGCGAAUUAAGCGAUCGUGACUCGAAAGAAUUGGAUGUUCAAAGUCCUUUGCAAUUCGAUCAAGGCAAUUACGAUUUCUAUGAAAGAUCUGCAGGAAGAGCCGGAAUUGAUGGAGAAUGUUUAGAUGUAGCGCAAGUUUGUAAUGAAGAUGGCAUGGAAUUCACUUUGAGAACACCUGAAGGUUUCUAUGGAAGAAUUUAUACCUAUGGAUAUUAUGAUAGAUGCUUCUUCCGUGGAAAUGGAGGAACAAUUAACGUUCUUCGAAUCAGCGGAGCAGGAGGAUAUCCUGAAUGUGGAUCACAACGAUAUGGAGAUACAAUGACAAAUAUCGUCGUUGUUCAAUUCUCGGAUCACGUACAAACAGGCAAAGAUAAACGUUUCAACCUAACAUGCUUAUUCCGUGGCCCGGGAGAAUCUGUUGUCACAUCAGGAUACAUUGGAGCCGGAUCUGGAAGUCCAAUUCCAAUUGAAUAUUUACCUGCGGAGAAUUCGAUGAGUAACAAAGUACGUCUCAUGAUCUUGUAUCAAGGAAGACCAACAACGACAAUUGCUGUUGGAGAUCCAUUAACUUUCCGUUUGGAGCCUACUGAUGGUUACGGGCAUACAGAUUUGUUCGCGACAAAUGUCGUUGCACGAGAUCCAUAUUCAGGAAGGAGUGUUAUGUUGAUCGAUCGUUAUGGAUGUCCUGUUGAUGCAUUUGUCUUCCCUGAAUUAGGGAGAUCACGCGAUGGAGAUUCAUUAGAAGCAAGAUUUAAUGCCUUCAAGAUCCCAGAAUCGAACUUUUUGGUAUUUGAAGCUACUGUGAGGUCAUGUAGAGAUGGAUGUCAACCUGCUUAUUGCCCCGGACCAUCAGGGCGUUCAGAACCUUCAUUUGGAAGACGUCGACGAUCUGUGAACGAAACUAUCGAAGGAGAAAGCAAAUAUUUCUUCGAAAAUGACGAUCCAGACAUUGAAACAGUUUCAAAUAGUAACAACGAGCAAGUUAUGGAACGUCGUAUUGAUAACGUCGGCGAUGACGAUGACGACUCUGACGGAGAAGAACUUAUUCCCGAACAAGUGCGUGAAAUGAUCGAAGUUUUCGAAUCGCGUGAAGAAAUGCAACAAGAUACUGUCGCUCGUAAAGUUAUUGCGCCUCAAGAAACUGUUUGUCUUGCUCCCUCAGAAUAUCACGGACUUAUAAGUGCAGUUAUCUUAUUGAUGAUCCUCCUUUUGAGCAUUUCUCUACUUGGAGGUCUCGUAUAUCGACGAUAUUGGCGUGUUUUUGCCAAAAAUUAUCGUCUUGAUCGCGUUAGUCCUUCAAAUUUUAAUCCUUCGCCGCUUCACAACACAAAUAUCUCAACAUCAGCUCAUCAAUUUAACGCAUCACGUCCCAAUUUGAUGGCAAACAUGACAAGCGGAAGAUCAUCGGGUAUGUCUUUGUUCAAUAAUGGGCUUCAAAAAACCUUCGCAACGGGAAAUUUGGCUCGAAUGUGUCAAUUGCCUGUGAUGAAUCCAAUUAUCAGAACACAAAACGAUUCCAUCGAGUUUGAAGAUCCAAGCGAACCAAUCUACACAGAUCCUUCAUUGUUUGAACGAUCACGAUCUCUUCGAAGCAUCAAUGAAGAACGGAACAAAGAAUAA